AUGUCGAUCCGCCAGGCUAUCCAUGCCGGCCUCACAGUCAAGGUGCCAUUCCGCCGUGUCGUCCUUGGUCUUUUCGUCGUUCGGCUAAUAUGGGCUGGCCAGACUGGCGGUAUUGUCUGUGCCAGAAGCCCUUGUCUUCUGGCUAAUAUUAACGUCAACUACCGUGGCUUCCGACACUAA